GCAUUUGCCGGGUCCUUCUACUGGUGGCAUACCGGUACGGGGACGCCCGGUCCACGCAGCGUUCGUGACGAUAGAAAAGAAAUGUCAUGCGUAGGAGGCGGGAGACGACUUCGCAAAGGCAUAGGCACAAGCCGGUCUUGGUGAUAGUGUCCUUUGAGGAGUUAGCUUGCACUCUACUCAACGGCGGGCAUUGCUCUGGCUCUUUUGCUCCGGCUCGGUCUCGGUCUCUCUUGCCUUGAGCGUCCCAGCCCGAACGCACCUGCAAUCAUCACCACAAUCCCGGCGCUUGGCAGUGGUUCUUGCUAGCCUGUCAGCGACACCAAACCAACACUUCUAACAUCUCUAACUCGGAAGGAGGUAUUCUACUCUUUUUUUUUACUUCCAGAUCCUCCUGUAGACGGCCCUCCACCCACCCCGGAGACAGCUCCGGGGUUCUCAUUCACCAUGACGAUGGUCCGACAGUAUCCCCCGCAACCACAGCCACACUCACAAUUAUUCCCCUCAUUAGGGCCCUACAACAACCUUCCAACCUCCCCCCAUGGUUCACUCCUACGAAAUGCGCCAGGCUUCGAUCAGAGAAGCCUCGGUCAGCAGCCCAUCCCGCAACGAUAUGCACACCCGCUGUCAAGACACAACUCAUAUGGGGCCCAAGACUCAUCGUCGGAGCAUGGGUCGGGAAGGGGAAAACCACCCGAGCAUAUGCUACGACGUAAGACACCGAACGGCAUACUCGCGGCAGCAUACGAUGGCACAUCUGUUGAGCAAACGGAGAAACCCCAUGCCACCAAACACAUCCUAUUACCAGUAACAGCCGACUCUCGCAUAGGGAGCUCGAGCACGUUUUCUUACAACCUCAAGCAGGAACUCCCAUUAAGAUCUCCCGGGGCGAACAAUGAAUUCAAUCAGGGGAAGCAGGAUCCUCUGUCCGACUGGAAUCCAAGCUUAUACUUCGAAACGGGCUCUGGGCGCGCGCAUGAGGGUUGGAAGGGCGCCCACCACCCUUUGCCACAGAUUGAUUCAAUGCUAAACCAGAUGCCCCAACACCAACCGCCUCUUCAUUACCAAAUGUAUGGGCAACAUUUUUGUGGGGCUUUAGAGCCUUCAUUACAAAGCCCACUUGGCCCCACGGUGUCAAAUGAUCAAGGCCCAUUUGGGCCUUAUUGGCACGAUGGUACCUUCAUACCGUAUAGGCCUGCUGCUAUGCGAGAUCCGCGAUAUUUUGCCCACCACGGCCCUAAUUGGAAUGCCCUGCAUCCUGGCGGAUUCUUAAAUACGGGUCCCGGAGACUGGCAUACUUUUAACAGCGCUGUAUCCAAUAUUACUAACAUACAACAAAUCCCGUAUUCUAUGCAUCAUCAAGUCUCCAUGGUACCACCCAACGCGUACAAUUUAGGCAGGCCAUCUAUCGACUAUUCUGUACCAUAUCCACAAUCUCAUUCGCGUCAUGUUGGCUUGGAUUAUCAAAGUCAAACAUUACCGUUGUCAUUUAGUCAACGACCGCAUCAAGACCUCUCCACUUCUCUAUCAUCUUCUGGUCAAACAACUCCAGUCCCUGACCAUACCUCAGUCUCGACCGCACUCACCGAAUUCGGGCCUCAAUCAAGCAACGCACAGUUAAGAGAAAGGGUGUUCGCAUGGGCACACACAGUGUAUAUUGAUCUGUUGAAAUAUCUACAGCAAACCCGUAAGAACAGUGCCCAUAGUCGGCAUCCGAAUGCUCCCCAGCAACAUGCUCGACCCCACAUCUAUCCCAAACCUCCCCGACAACCAGCUGCGAAUUUUUCCAGUUCCUCGAACAGCACCGGUAGUGCCCAAACACUUGAACGCCAUAAUACAUACCCUUCAGGCUCGAAACACCAACCCGCACCCCAAGACGCCCAUAGCUCAUCCCAUAGGAGAAACGACUCUACUCACCAUCGGUCAUCCUCUCUAUGGUCAUUGAGUGGAGGGGAAAUUCGAGACCCGGACCCCCAUAGACGCUCCUGGCAACCGCAAUCACAGCAGCAGUACCCGAGUUCACAUGGGCUACAUGGGCAGGGCCAGGGUCUGGAUCCGACGCGCACAUUACGCCGAAUGUCCGGGACCUCCAUUACAAGUGUACAUCAGAGCCUUCGCCAUGAGGUCCCGCCAAGUAUGACGGCUGCCUCUGCUUUAGACGCCAUUACCAAACACUGUGAAGAGAGCAAAUGGAAUUGGAUAGAUGGCAUUCUUUUGGGUGGGUGUCUUGCGUAUGCCUUGGGUGACUAUCAGAAGGCCCAAGACUGGUACAAGCAUAUCCUAACAUUAGAUAAAGAUCACGUUGAAGCAACAUCAAACCUCGCAGCGACAUUACUCGCUCUUCAACAGAAACGAGAAGCCGAGCAGCACUGGAGGCGAGCUGUCAAACUUCGCCCCAGCUAUUUCGAGGCUGUUGAACAUCUCAUUGGCUUGUUGUGCAGUGAUCAUCGAGGUCAAGAAGCAGUCCAAGUCAUCGAGGAAGUUGAACGCUCCCUCAAGUUUAUCAAGAAAGGCGAGGCUCUCAAGAAUGCUGAUGUUCAGAGUGACCGUUCGAACUCUGUAAGCCAGUCUCCAAGCAUAUCGGAGGCCUCGGACAAACCAGUCUUCGAAUUCGACGGGGAAAGCGAAUCAAUCUUCAAAGAUAUGGAUGAACUUCCUGGGUCCGACCAACCUGGUUUCGGUUUGAGUGGGUAUGCCAUUCCCGGAUCCGAAAACGGCCGUAUUCUUGCGCUCGUGCAUGCAAAGGGUAACAUGCUCUAUGCUCUUGGAGAUAACGCGGGUGCGGCGAAGGCGUUCGAGAAUGCUGUGCUUAUUGGAGCUGGGACUCAGAUCCAAGGGAUUGGCGGUCUUAUCAAACACAUCCUCUCUGUGGUGGGGUACGAUGCAGCGGACCGUUCUUCUGGGGGUCAUCGCAUUCCUCCGUCCACGGACCCAAUUCUCCUUCAUCCAGAACCGGCUUUAAAGACCUCCCAGCUGUGCUUUCCGCCUCAUGGGCAAUUACCAGGCCUCAAGUAUGUUCCAAGUGAGGGUAUGGCCAGGAAGGCAGCUGUUUCGACGACGAGCAAUUCCCUUCUCUCUCUUGCGAAAAUCUUCCAAGAUGGAAUGGCAACGAACUCACCCAAAGCAUCCGCUUAUCAGACUACUUACGGUGUUAGGGAAAUCCUAGCGUUGUAUUAUCUGUCAUUAUCGUUACAGCCGAGCCCUUCCACGGCCAAUAAUGUCGGUAUUCUUCUCGCUAGUGUACAACAGUACGCUCCUUCCAGACAUAUUCCUGUAUCGAAUCCGAUCCCUAAACCUCAAAUCCCCGGAUUGGUUCCUGGUAGUGGCAUUGCUCUCGCACUGGCAUACUACAAUUAUGGACUGCUCCUUGACUCUCGGCAUGCUCACCUGUACACAAAUCUAGGAAGCCUACUAAAGGAUAUCGGCCAGUUGGAUGUUGCCAUUCAAAUGUAUGAGCAAGCUGUAGCCUGCGAUGGAAAUUUCGACAUAGCUCUUGCCAAUCUCGCGAACGCAGUCAAGGAUAAAGGUCGCAUCAGUGACGCUAUUCUGUACUACAAGAGAGCUGUUAGUGCGAGUCCGGAUUUCGCUGAAGCUGUAUGUGGUCUUGCGAAUGCCUUGAACUCGGUCUGCGGCUGGAAUGGAAGAGGGGGAAUUGCUAAUGACGGUGGCUCUCGGGAUCGCUGGCAUGUAGAUGAGAAGGGCCUUCUACUUGAUGCUAGAGUUCAGGCCGCUUCCAGCUUUGGGUGGAUUAAACGUGUUGUUGAUCUUGUAGAAAAGCAACUCGGAGAUGGCGAAGAUUGGGGCCGUGGGAUCAUGGACGACCGUUUCAUACAGGACAUAGUUCGACCCCUCGCGCUAGAUGAAGCGGACCCACACAACAUCAAUGAGAAGCAGGAGAAAAUGAGGCGAACGCUAGUCAAAUGGCAGGGUCAGAAGUGGGAGGGUGCCCGGAUCGUCCGCCUUGUUGAACGCGCCAUCCGGAGGAUCACAUGGCAGUGGUACCAGGAUAAGUACGUCAAACGUCAGCCACGCUCAUCAGGGAGCUACAGGAGACCUCGCCUCCCCUCCGCCUUAACGGUUCCGGCAGCGCCAACGGUUCUUCCAUUCCACACUUUCACUUGUCCCAUGUCCGCGAAGCAGAUCCGUCUCAUCUCUCAACGAAACGGCCUCCGGAUAUCGUGUUCUACCCUCAGGGCACCUUGGCUGCCUACGAAUGUCUUCGCUCCUCCUUCACCUCCGAAUCCACAUCUCAAGGUCGGAUACGUAUCAUCGGACUUCAACAACCAUCCACUUGCACAUCUAAUGCAGUCAGUAUUCGGUCUCCAUAAUCCAUCUCGCGUCAAAGCUUACUGCUAUGCUACCACGGCCAGUGAUGGGUCUAUUCAUCGCCAGCAGAUUGAGAGGGAAGCCCCCGUCUUCUACGACGCCUCCAAUUGGCAGCCAGAGCGCCUUGUCCAUCAAAUCAUUCAUGACGGUAUCCACAUCCUGAUCAACCUCAACGGGUACACUCGUGGUGCAAGAAAUGAAGUGUUCGCCGCACGCCCAGCCCCCAUACAGAUGUCAUUCAUGGGAUUCGCCGGUACCCUUGGUGCCGAGUGGUGCGACUACCUGCUCGCAGAUACAACAGCGGUUCCAAGAGAGACCCUCCGAGGGUGGCGCCGCAACAUCGAUAUGGAGGAUCUGCUGGAGGAUCAAAAUAGCGGAGGGGAUGACGACAAUUGGGUCUAUGGGGAGAAUAUCAUCUAUUGCCGCGAUACAUUCUUCUGUUGUGACCACCGACAAAGCGCGCCAGACGCUCAAGAACGCCAGCUCACUUGGGAAGAUGAACAGCAGAGGAGGUGGCGUAUGCGGAAAGAGAUAUUUCCUAACCUACCAGAUGACGCGAUCAUCCUCGGUAAUUUCAACCAGUUAUACAAGAUCGAGCCAACAACAUUCCGCACCUGGUUGCGCAUUCUCGCCCAACUACCAAACGCCGUUCUUUGGCUGCUCCGUUUUCCCGAUCUCGGGGAAACAAAUCUUAAACAGACUGCCAAUGCUUGGGCUGGACCUGAAGUCGCUUCUCGCGUCUUAUUUACUGACGUCGCCCAAAAGCAUCAACAUAUCGCACGCGCCCGUGUUUGUGAUCUUUUCCUUGAUACACCAGAAUGCAAUGCUCACACGACCGCUGCCGACGUCCUCUGGUCCGGAACACCCCUCCUCACCUUACCGAGAUAUCAGUAUAAGAUGUGUUCAAGAAUGGCCGCUUCGAUUCUCAAGGGUGCAUUGCCGAAGUCGCCGGACGGCGCACAAGCUGCGAAGGAUCUUAUUGCUACUGGUGAGGAAGAUUACGAAGAGAAGGCUGUACGUCUAGGGAAGGAGUGCGUAUACACCGGCCACCGCGCUACCGGACGACUAAGUCAAUUGAGGAAGCUAUUGUACGAAUCAAGGUGGACCAGCGCAUUGUUCGAUACGAGGAGGUGGGUCAGAGAUCUAGAAGAAGCAUAUGAGAUUGCAUGGCGUAAAUGGGAGAGGGGCGAGGGUGGAGACAUCGAACUGAAACCGCAAAGGAUGUUCUAAGCAGUUUCUUAUUCUUUAGUGCAAUGCACGAUGCAUGAGGGGUUGUUGCUGGUUAAAGCUAUUGGGAUAGAGUUGUCCUUUUCUUCGACACCGA